AUGAACACUUUCAAAAAGCCCUUUUCUUCUCCAUACUCAGAAACAUAUAAUCAACAAUGGAGAAAUCAUCCCAACUUUAGUUGGAGUGAUGAUAAUCGUGUUCAUUUAUCACAACCUCAGGGGCUUUCAAAAUUUCCUUCUUUUCCACCACCACAAUCAAAGACUCUUGAGGAAACAUUGCAGUCUUUUAUGCAAGGACAAGCAAAUAUUAAUAAUCAAACUUCACAAGCCAUCAAUGAAAUCAAGAACACACUUUCUUCAUUGACCUCUUCUUUACAUUCUCAAGAGAAAGGUAAAUUUCCUGCUCAACCUCAACCAAAUCCUUCUCAGCAAUUUAAUGUAAAUGCUUCUAGUUCUUCUGAAAGUCAACAACAAAAUCCUAACUCCAUCACGACUCUUCGUAGUGGAAAAAUUAUUGACAAAACCAUCCCUUCAAAAGAACUAAAAUCUGGUGGUACUUCAAAGCAAGAAAAUGAUGUUUCCAAAAGUGAGGAAAAGAUCAUUUCUGAACCUAUUAAAGCAUUUUUGACAGAAAAUGUGAGCUCAAUCAUUCAAAAAAACACUCCACCUAAAUUCAAAGAUCCUGGUUGUCCAACAAUUUCUUGUGUGAUUGGGAAUAAUAGGAUAGAGCGUGCUUUGCUUGAUCUUGGUGCUAGUAUUAAUCUAUUACCUUUUUCUAUGUAUGAGCAACUUGGUUUGGGAGAGCUUAAACCAACAACAACAACACUUCAACUUGCUGAUCGUUCAGUAAAAGUUCCAAGAGGGGUUGUAGAGGAUGUUCUAGUUCAAAUUGAUAAAUUCUAUUUUCCUGUUGAUUUUAUAGUUUUGGACACACAUCCUGUUUUAAAUUCAAAUGCACAAAUACCCGUCAUUCUAGGACGUCCCUUUCUUGCUACUUCAAAUGCGUUGAUAAAUUGUAGAAAUGGUAUCUUACAACUCUCUUUUGGAAAUAUGACCGUGGAAAUGAAUAUUUUUAACAUUUGCAAGCAACAUGGAGAUGAAGAUGAUUUGCAUUUAGUAGAUCUUAUUGAACAACUUGUUGAUGAUCAAUUUAUCGCUACAUCUUCAUAUGAUGCGCUUGAAUUUGAAUUCAAUGAUAAUUCUAAAAAUUCGCAUAUGAUCUCAAGUGUUCAAGAACCAAAGCUCGAUUUGAAACCAUUUUUUGAGAAUUUCUCUAAAUUGGAAGAGUCCGUUGCUAUACAUGAUUCUAAAGAUUGA